GAUUCUCUCUCAUCCUUUCCUCAUUUCUUUUCAACCUCCUGCUUGGCCACCUUCUGUGAGUGACCGUCUCUUGUGGCGGUUCUUCCUGUCGUGACUCGUUUCCUUCAACGACUCCUCUCCCCCAAAUCGGUCUCCGCAGAUUGCAUCCAUCCACCCUUUUUCUUAUUCCCCGACCUUUUAGUCCACCAACACAUUACAAACCGAAGAUGAGCGCUCGCGAUCUGGUCGAGGGGGAGGCCAUGAUUGAUGACGAUGAGAAUGAGGAGGAGCUUGCCGAUGACUAUGAUGGCGAAGUCCGCGAGGGUGCUGGCACCAACAACAACUACGACUCCAGUGAAGAGGAUGAGGAUGAUGACGACGAUGAGGAAGCCGCUCGCGCCGUCCGCGAAGGUUUCAUUGUCGACGAGGACGAGGAAAUAGAGGAGCGCGCCGAGCGCCGACGGGAGAAACGAAAGCAAAGGGAUCGCGAACGCGAAGAUGAACAUCUGGACGAGGAAGAUCUGGAGCUCAUUGGGGAACUCAACCCGAGCUUCCAGUCAGCUUCUGCUGGAGAACCCAAGUUCAAACGUCUUAAGCGUGGUCACAAGGAUCGCGAUCUCCGACAAGCGUCCCAGGGCAUUGACGAUAUUUUCAACUCCGAUGAAGAUGAAGAGCCCGCUGCCGACUACGGGAGGUCCGGUCACCGGAGACACAUGCACGAUGAAAUGGACGACUUCAUUGAAGAGGAUGUUUUCUCCGAUGAGGAAAUUCAGCGAGAACGGGAAGACUUGGAAGUUACUCGUACCUCCAAGGGAGGUCUAGGCGUUACCGAUGCGACCGGCUUGGACGAGAACGCCCUCGAAGAUAUGCGCGCUGCGUUCGGAGACGGCAACGAGUACUUGUUCGCUUUGGAAAUGGAGGAACAAGAGCAGGAGCAGGAAGUGGAUGAGGAAAAGCACUUGGACUUGAAGGAUGUCUUCGAGCCAUCACAGCUGGCCGAGAAGAUGUUGACGGAGGAAGAUAACCAGAUUCGUCUGCUGGACGAACCCGAACGACACCAAAUCGCCCGCAAGCCCUACCGGAACGUAGUGCUGACGGAAGACCAGUUCCGGGAAGAGGCAGCUUGGAUCUCCAACUUGAUGCUCCUCAAGAAGCGGAUCGAGCCUGAACUACGGGAGCCCUUCCAGCGCUCAGUGGCCAAGGUACUGGAGUUCCUGGUCACUGACGAUUGGGAAGUGCCGUUCAUCUUCCAGCACCGGAAGGACUACAUGAUUCACGCGGCCAAGGUGGCCGUGGAUGGAGCGGGCCAUGAUGGGGACGCCUCCCAGUACACCAUCAAGGCGGAAAAGCUCCUGAACAUGACCGAUCUUUGGGACAUCUUCGACCAUGAUCUCAAGUUCAAGGCGCUCGUGGAAAAGCGCACUACGAUCCAGAAGACCUUUGACAACUUACAGAGCCUCUUCAGCGUGAAUGAUACCAUCGUGGAGGAGAUGCUGCCAACCGCGGUGACAAUGGAGGAGCUACAGGAUAUUCAGGACUACAUCCAUUUCCAGUAUGCAUCCCAGCUGAGGGAUAUGACGCUCAUGAACGGGGAAGCAAACGGGGAAACCCAGCGCCGGAAAGCGUCCAGCAAGACGUUCUUCGAGCGCGUCCGGAAUGGCAAGGCCUACGGCCUCGUCCGCGCCUUCGGUAUCACUGCAGAUGCGUUUGCCCAGAAUGCCCUGAAGGAAGGCCGCCGCCAGUACACCGAAGAUCCCGCGGAGCAGCCGGAUGAGUUGGCGGAUUCGUUCCUUGACAACGACUUCUCCAACUCGUCGCAUGUGGUCAAGGCCGCGAAGACCAUGUUCGCAGAGGAGAUCGUGAUGAGCCCCAAGAUGCGCAAGGUCGUUCGCCAAGCGUACUACAUGAAUGGCGCAGUGGACUGCUUCCGCACCGAGAAGGGUCUGCGCCGCAUUGACGAGCAGCACCCGUACUACGAAUUCAAGUACCUACGGAACCAGCAACUUAGCGACAUUGCCCGUCGGCCCGAGCUGUAUCUUCGCAUGCUCAAGGCCGAAGAGGAAGGUUUGGUGGAAGUGAAGGUCCGCUUUGAGAACUUUGACCACUUCCGCCAACGCCUCUACCAGGACAUCGAGUCGGACAACUACAGUGAACUGGCAGACGUCUGGAACCGCACGCGUCGUGAUGUGCUGGAUCUGGCCCUCGGCAAGCUCGAGCGGCUGAUCAAUCGCAGCGUCAAGGAAAAUAUCCGUCAGGAAUGUGAGAACCAUGUGGCGAAGGAGUGUCGCGAGGCGUUCUCCCAGCGACUGGAUCAGGCCCCCUACAAGCCUAAGGGUAUGAUCUUGGGUACCGUGCCGCGCGUGCUGGCUCUGUCCACUGGUACCGGCAUCGUCGGACGCGAGCCCAUCCACUGGGCCUACAUCGAAGAGGAUGGACGUGUGCUGGAAAACGGAAAGUUUACAGACCUCUCCAUUGGCGAUCGCGACCGUAACAUUGCCGACGGCAAGGAUGUUGCCGCCUUCACCGAACUUGUGAAGCGUCGGCGUCCCGAUGUCAUCGGUGUGUCCGGCAUGUCUCCGGAGACCCGUCGCCUGUAUAAGCUGCUGACCGAGGUCGUGGAGCGGCAAGACCUGCGCGGCGCUCUUUACACCGAUGAUCGCGAUGACGAAGUCAGCGACCGUUUGGAGGUGGUGAUUGUCAAUGACGAGGUUGCCCGACUUUACCAGCACAGCGAGCGUGCGAAGAAGGACCACCCUAGCUUCGCCCCCUUGACGCAUUACUGUGUGGCCUUGGCCAAGUACCUGCAGAGCCCGCUGAAGGAGUACGCAUCUCUGGGCCGGGACAUCGUGUCCAUCCAGUUCAAGCCGGGCCAGCAGCUCGUCUCUCAGGAUCUGUUGCUGAAGCAGUUGGAGACGGCGCUGGUGGACAUGGUGAAUCUGGUGGGUGUGGACAUCAACGAAGCCGUCACGGAUUCGGCGACGGCCAACCUCCUGCCCUACGUCUGUGGUCUGGGACCCCGUAAGGCGGCACACCUGCUCAAGAUUGUGAACAUGAACGGCGGCGUGGUCAACAACCGGGCGGAGCUGCUGGGUGUGAAUGCCCAGUAUCCGGCCAUGGGUGUGAAGGUGUGGAACAACUGCGCCAGCUUCUUGUACAUCGACUUUGAAAACGCUGAUCCGGAUGCGGAUCCGCUGGACAACACUCGUGUACACCCGGAAGACUACGAUAUUGCGCGCAAGAUGGCGGCUGAUGCGCUGGAACUGGAUGAAGAGGAUAUCAAGGCGGAGACGGACGAGAAUGGACCAGGUGCGAUUGUACGCAAACUGUUCCGCGAGGAGGCACAGGAUCGUGUAAACGACCUGAUUCUGGAGGAGUAUGCCGAGCAAUUGGAGAAGAACCUGAACCAGCGCAAGCGAGCGACACUGGAGACGAUCCGGGCGGAGCUGCAACAGCCGUAUGAGGAACUCCGGAAGCAAUUCGUCUUCCUCAGCACGGAUGACAUCUUCACCAUGCUCACUGGUGAGACGGCAGACACGUUGUCGGAGGGCAUGGUGGUGCCCAUCUCCAUCAAGCGGAUUACAGACGAUCACAUUGACGGCAAGCUGGACUGCGGAAUUGACGCACUGGUGCCCGAGUCGGAGCUGACCGACCGGUAUGAUAUCCCCGUGCGAGCGCUGUACCAGAUCCACCAGACGCUACCGGCCAAGGUGCUCUUCCUGAACCGCAAGAAUUUCCUGUGCAAUGUCUCGCUGCGGGAGGAGCAAGUCAGCCGGCCGGUGCUGCGGACGCCGGACCGAUUGCAAGGGGAGUGGGAUGACCGUCAGGAGGCGCAGGACCGAGAAGCGCAGCAGGAGAAGACGCAGAGCGGCGGACGGACGAUGCGAGUGAUCAAGCAUCCGAUGUUCCGGCCGUUCAACUCGACGCAGGCGGAGGAGUUCUUGGGGUCGCAGAGCCGGGGAGAUGUGGUGAUCCGGCCGUCGUCCAAGGGACCGGACCAUCUGGCGGUGACAUGGAAGGUGUCCGACGGCAUCUUCCAGCAUAUUGACGUGCUGGAGCUGGACAAGGAGAACGAAUUCUCCGUGGGACGGACGCUGAAGGUGGGCGGACGCUACACAUACAGUGAUCUGGACGAUUUGAUUUUCAACCACGUCAAGGCGAUGACCAAGAAGGUAGAUGAGAUGAUGUUGCAUGAGAAGUACCAGGACGGCAACAAGGACGCCACCUACUCCUGGUUGGAAACAUACACCAAGGCCAACCCCCGGCGGUCGGCCUACGCUUUCUGCAUCGAUCCCAAACAUGCGGGCUACUUCUUCCUGUGCUUCAAGGCGGGUGAGAAGGCGCCGCUGCACAGCUGGCCAGUGAAGGUGAUCCCUCAAGGAUAUGAGCUGCAGCGCAACCCAUACCCGGACAUGCGGGCUCUGUGCAAUGGCUUCAAAUUGUUGUUCACCAACAUGCAGGCCGGCAAGCGGCGGUGAAGGUGAAGGUGAUGGUUUCUUUUCCUUUUCUUUUUCUUUCCUUCUGUAUACUGUGUGUAAUAUUCCUCGGGACGUUCUAUUUCUUUUUAUCGUUGAUUGCUGGAUGAGGUCGGGAUUCUUGGUUUUUUUUCUCCUGUGUAUUUUCUUGACUUCUAUUCUUCCUCUACCUCUCUCUCUCUCUCUCUCUCUCUCUCUCUCUCUCUCUCUCUCUUGUUCUCUC